UUUCCUGGUCGUUUUAAGUUCCUGCAAGUCAGUUGCCCUUUUACCCAUUUGUUCUGAGCUUCUUUUUGUGCCGUUUCUUCUGUUCAGUCCCCGUUAUGGCUGCAGUGAUUCCGCGUAUAGAGCAGCUGUCGUGCCGCGUAAUUCGGGUUUUGGGCUGUAAUCCUGGACCCAUGACGCUGCAGGGAACGAAUACCUACCUGGUUGGCACCGGGGACAGACGGGUGCUCAUAGACACUGGUGAGCCUGCUGUCCCUGAAUACAUCAGCACUCUGAAGGAGGCCCUGAGGAAGUUCAACACCAGCAUUCAAGAGAUCCUGGUCACUCACUGGCACCAUGACCACACAGGCGGCGUCGGGGACAUCUGCAGAGACAUCACUGGUUGUGAUGUCAGAGUUGGGAAACUUCCUCGCUCCAGCCAGGUUCAGGAGACAUCUGAAAACAUCAAGUACACAUACUUGAAGGAUGGCGAUAUAGUCCAGACGGAGGGAGCAACGCUGAAGGUUGUUUUCACGCCAGGCCACACAGAUGACCACAUGGCGCUCUUUCUAGAGGAGGAGCAAGCGAUCUUCUCAGGAGAUUGCAUCCUGGGAGAAGGCACGGCUGUCUUUGAGGACCUCCACGACUACAUGAAGUCACUGAAGAUCCUGCUUGAGGUCCAAGCCGACCUCAUCUAUCCUGGUCACGGUCCGGUGGUUCAGGACGCUGGUUCAAAGAUCCAACAUUACAUCAGCCAUCGGGACCAGCGAGAACAACAGAUCUUGGAGGCCAUUAAAGCCGGAGCGGGAAAGUCUUUCUCCUCCAUGCAGCUUGUCAAGAUUGUCUACAAGGACACUCCUGAGUAUCUGCAUGAAGCAGCCAACGUGAACCUGCUGCAUCACUUAAAAAAAAUGGAGAAAGAAGGAAAGAUCAGACAAGUGACGGAAACAUCACAGAUCAGCACAUGGAAGAGCAACUUGUGAUGGAUUUCUAAUAAUGACUGAAAGGGAUCAGAAUGUGCCUGAUUUAAUUAGUUUUUUUCACUAAAACAUAUUUUCAAAUCAAUGUGUUUGAUCAUUUCAGUGGGUGUUCAUAAUAAACAUUUUAGUGUUUUAUCCAACGGAUCAGCAUAAGAAUUGUAAUUUCAGUGUUACAAUCAGUACUCAUUCAUUCAUUUUCUACCGCUUAUCCUCACAAGGGUCGCAUGCUAGAGCCUAUCCCAGCUGUCUUCGGGCGAGAGGUGGGGUAGUACUUGUAUUAAAUUGUAUUAAAACCCUAAAAACAUAGUAAAUCAUUUGAGUCACUAGGUGGCAGCAUCUGCUACUUGUACCUCUUUGUAGACAGCUUUUGGAAACCAUCAUAAUUGUUUGAAUGCAAUGAAUGUCAUGUUAUUGUAUAAUAAGAAGUGAUUUAAUGUAGCAAGAUGUACAUAUUAGUUAUAGUUGAUCCCAAUGGGUGUUUAUACUGUAUAUUGGUUCCUAAAAAUGACAACCGAAGCAAUCAAAGGAAGCUACAGCAGUUUCAACAUGAGUGUCCUGUAGAAAAUAAUAAAAUUUAAAUGAA